UAUUUAUAUAAAUAAUAUAUUAUUAAUUAUCAAUACAGAGUGUCUUUAUUCAUUUUUGCAGCUUUCUUACACUACUUUUGUGCUUUGGCGAGUUUCUUUUGGCUAAUUAUGAUAAGCUUUGAUAUGUGGUGCACAUUCAGAGGAUUCAAUUCGUUACGAAAAAACGUCAGACAACGAGAAAAAAGAAAGUUGAUGUAUUAUACAAUCUUUGCGUGGGGAUGUCCUUUUAUGUUUGCUAUUUUAUGUGUCAGCAUGGAUAUUCUUUCUGCGUAUGUAAAUAUACCACGGAUUUUGCGAUCGGAAUUUCAUUUAUAUUGCUGGUUCAUUGAAACUGGUCCGUUUGUGUUGUAUUUAUAUGGGCUCCAAAGUAUGUGCGUCAUCAAUAGCAUUUGUUUAUCUAUUUAUACGGCAUUAAAAAUUGCGCGUUUCAAAAAGGAAUCGGGUUCUUUUUUGAAAGAUUCGGAGAGUAAAUGCUUUAACGAUAAUAAAAAAUGGUUUAACCUAUAUCUGAAGCUAUUUAUCGUGCUGUUUAUCGCAAUGGGCAUAGAAUUGCUCGUGAUAGCAGCGUACGAAACAUUUAAAAAUGUACCAAUUUACUACAUUGUAUUGUAUGUUGUUGAUUCGCUGGACAUUAUGCAGAGUCUGUGCAUCUUUGUCAUAUUUGUGUGUAAAAAAAGAAUCAAGCGCAUGUUAUUCAAGCGAUUCGGCUUUGAUUUGUCGCCAAAUGCUUGACACGGAUCGAAUGUAACAUUGGCGAGCAUUUUUACCACGUUAAAAGAAAUAGUCAUACAGGAGAAGAUGAGUUCUUCCGGACGAGCAAGUCACACUGAUUUAACCGACCUUUAAUUUGUAUUUGAAAAUGGAAAUCAUGUUUAUUUAUGCUGAUUUUUAUGUUUAAGAUUAAUAAUGAUAAUUCAUACAUAUUUUCGGAUUUCGUAGCAAAAUCAUAUUAUUUUGUCUCGUUGCUUUUUCAAAUUUAAAUAAGAUUAUAUGCUA